GUUCUUUUUUUUUUAACGCAGUUGUCAACUACGAGUAUUUGAUUUAAAUUAACAAUUUGCAAUUUUUUGAUAAACAUGUAUUUAGUAUCCACCUCAAAGAAGACUAUUUUAUCGGAUUUCGCCGAUUUGGAAACGAAAUCGGUAUUUGAGCAUGCAAAUGGCGAGUCCACAGACUUUCAAUUCAACGCGCAGCGGCGCGUCUUCGUGGAGGUGGACAAAAAGGCGGGCUUAGCGGUGAUGCGCAUAAAGGAGAAGCAACCAAACGCUCCUGAGAUACAGCGCGUGCGCAAACUGACCAUCGACAAUGCUUAUUCCGUGUGCUGUGCCAAAACGGCUUCCAAUCAAAUUGCCAUCGGUCAAUCGAGCGGAUUCGUUAAGCUCUUCGAUUUUCGCACCGCUGAGAUGAUUCACCGUUAUCCGGCGGACCAAUCACGCAGCACAGUGCUCUAUGUAGACUACAACUGCACGGAUGACUACAUAGCCGCUGUUCUGGAGAGCGGCAAAAUAAACAUCUACGGAACGAAGACCAAGCAGAAGAUCGAAACGGUGACCAUCGAUGAGCACUCCACUCUGGCUCGUUUUCACCCGAGUAAACGAUUCCACUUGGCCAUUGCCAGCUACAAGGGCGCAGUCAGCGUCUACGAUCUGCAGUCGAAGCGAAACAUCCUCAACUUGAGCGAGGCUCACGAUGCCCCUUGCCGAGAUGUGAGCAUGUGCAGCACGCAGCCCUCGCUGCUGGUCAGUGUAGGCUACGAUUGCAAGAUCAAUAUAUUUGACAUACGGCGCAAUAAGGCGCAGUCGUCCUCGGGUCGCUUGACCUACUCGCAUCCCCUGUCGACGGUGGCAUUGAGCGAGUGUGGCACGUACUUCUGUGCAGGGAAUCUCAAAGGCGAGCUGAUUGCCUACGAUAUGCGCAGCACCAAGGCGCCGCUAGCAGUGCGCCCGGUUCACGAGGGCUGUGCUGUGAGUCGCGUCGCCUUUGUGCCUAUGCCCACGGAGGAGCAGCAAAGCAGCAGCUUCACUAGCACCAAUAAUGUAACCAUGGACGCCGGCAAAUCCGUUGGCAAUCCAGUGGAGCAAACGCCUAGCGAUGAGCUGCGCAAAUCCAUUGCAGCUAAUCUGCUGCAGACGCAGCAGCAACUGGCAACGAUGACCAGCAGCCUGGGCUAUGGCGGCAAGCAGCGUGAUUCGUUCUGUGAUUUCCUGGACGCGCAGCGCCCGCGCACUCUGGAUCGAAUGUCCACGCGCCUAACCACAGCCAGACGCGACAGUUUCGACUGGGAUGCGCUGCAGGCAAAGCAAAACAACGAGGAGCAGCGCCAGAGCAUUUGUACCACUGGCUCGGGUCUGAGCUCCCUGGACAGCGCAGAUUCGCUGCAACAAACUCUUAGCGGUCCUUUGCGCGAUCGCAGCAAUAUUUCGGGCGAUGCCAAGCUGAAGAAGAUUGCCGAGACAGACGAACACACCACACAGCUGCACGAGAUGCAGUCGGCCAACUGCUCCGCUGCCAGCAGCUGUGCCGGCAGCGACAAAGAGAAUCCAAAUAUGGCCGAAGUCGAGCGGAGGCAACGUCUGCGAUUGCUGCCAGCUAGCCGGAACAGCACGCCGCAUCAUGCAGCUCCAGCAACAGUAAAGAAACCAAUUGAAAUUCAAUCACAACAGCUGCUACCAAAGACAUCCAGCGGCCUGUCCACAGAUGCCUUGCUGCCGGAUGCAACUGAUGGAGCUGAAAUGGCCAAAGAGCUGGCCGAGGUGCGCAGGGAGCAUGCCGAGGUGCUAAACCUCUUGGAUGAACGUUUCGUUAAGCUGGAGAAAGAGCUCAAGUGGUCGGACGAAAAGACGCGCUUCCUGCUCUUCAGCGAGAUGGCCAACUACUGGCAGCAGCAGCUGAAUAUCACCCAAGAGAUACGCGAAACACUCGACUUGUUGCUGCGCAAGGAUCGCUUUGUGCAUGAGUUCGCCUGUCUGCAGAAGGAGAACGAGGAGCUGCGAGAGCAACUACAGCUAUUGCUCAGUGAGCGAGAAGGCGAGGAUGUUUAAAGGCUUGUUUAAAUUUAUAUUUCGAUGUAAUUGAUUAUU